UAUCGGACAGAAACCAAUUCAGACAGAUCACUCACAUCCUCAUCAUGAUCGCAAAGGUCGUAUUCUUGUGUGCUGCUUUUGCAGUAUCUCAUGCCAAUAUCCAUCUCAAAGCACCCCUUGUGAGCACUGGUGUCAGCCAAACAUCUAGACAGCAAGAUGCUCAUGGCAGCUAUGCUUUUGGUUAUGAUAUUGUUGAUAAGCAUGGCGCCUCCAACUCCAGAUCUGAAGUCGGUGAUGGCUAUGGCAACAAAAAAGGCACCUAUACCAUCCACGACAUUGACGGCAGAGCAAGAAGAGUAGAUUACGUGGCCGACAAACUUGGAUUCCGUGCUGCUGUCAAAACCAACGAACCAGGAACUGCUCAUAGCACCCCUGCUGCAGCUGCCAUAAACAGCCCCUACGCUGGACCAUCCGUCGAUCACAUCGCGCCUGUUGCCACUGCUGUCGUUGGACAUGCCGCUGUUGCAGCUCCCGUAAUUGCUGCUGCUCCUGUAGUUGCUGCCGCUCCUGUAGCCUAUGGUGGAUAUGGUCUUGGACACGGUGCAGCAACUGGUUUAGGAUAUGGCGCCGGCACAUAUGGAGCCGGAGCAUAUGGUGGAUAUAAUGCCGGUGCAUAUGGAGGAUAUAGUGCCGGCACAUACGGAGCCGGAGCAUAUGGCGGACAUGAUGCCGGUGCAUAUGGAGGAUAUGGUGCCGGCACAUACGGAGCUGGAGCAUAUGGCGGAUAUGAUACUGGUGCAUAUGGAGGAUAUGGUGCCGCUACUGGAAAGGGACUGGUCUACUAAUAAUUGUAACUUUUUCUUUAGGUAUCUGAAAUUAUAUGUGUAAAAUAUUGUUACUUCUUUAUUUCGCAUGUGAAGAGUUCUUGAAGCUGUUCUUGAUAAUAAAUCCUAUAGAUUGAAAAAAAAUGGUGCUUGUUUCUUUGUUCAUUCCAUGAUGUAUGUCUAAAGUCUCCUGUAGUUGCUGCCGCUCCUGUAGCCUAUGGUGGAUAUGGUCUUGGAGACGGUGCAGCAACUGGUUUAGGAUAUGGCGCCGGCACAUAUGGAGCCGGAGCAUAUGGUGGAUAUAAUGCCGGUGCAUAUGGAGGAUAUGGUGCCGGCACAUACGGAGCCGGAGCAUAUGGCGGACAUGAUACUGGUGCAUAUGGAGAAUAUGGUGCCGCUACUGGAAAGGGACUGGUCUACUAAUAAUUGUAACUUUUUCUUUAGGUAUCUGAAAUUACCUGUGUGUAAAAUAUUGUUACUUAUUUAUUUCGCAUGUGAAGAGUUCUUGAAGCUGUUCUUGAUAAUAAAUCCUAUAGAUUGAAAA